AGUUACUCAGCCAUCAAGGGUGGCUGUUUCUCGCCAACUGAUAAAAGCUUCCAAGUCAGUGACACUUUUCAUCAAAUUGAGCGAAACGAAAAAACAGGGAAAAAAGAAAAAAUGUUGCAGCUUUCAAUUCAAAGAGUGAGAAAUUUGAAGGCUUUGAGGCCUGCGAUCUUUGCUCUCAGAAGCUCUCACUUCUCCACAGCUGCCGAGCCGUCUUCCAAGCAGGGUAGCCCUCCGAGCGUUCCCAAUCUAAUUGGAGGUAGUUUUGUUAAAUCACAAUCAUCUGCGUCCAUUGAUGUUAUCAACCCUGCAACACAAGAAGUUGUUUCACAAGUUCCUUUGACCACAAAUGAAGAGUUUAAAGCUGCAGUGUCUGCAGCAAAGCAGGCUUUUCAAUCAUGGCGCCACACACCAGUUACGGCCCGUCAACGUGUCAUGUUUAAGCUCCAAGAGCUUAUUCGGAGAGACAUUGAUAAGCUUGCCUUGAAUAUUACCACUGAACAGGGAAAGACAUUGAAGGAUGCACAUGGAGAUGUGUUUCGUGGGCUAGAGGUGGUGGAGCAUGCUUGUGGUACGGCAACUCUGCAAAUGGGGGAGUAUGUUUCUAACGUAUCAAAUGGAAUUGACACAUACAGUGUUAGAGAGCCGCUUGGUGUUUGUGCUGGUAUUUGUCCCUUCAACUUUCCGGCAAUGAUUCCCUUAUGGAUGUUCCCACUUGCAGUUACUUGUGGGAAUACCUUUGUCUUAAAGCCAUCAGAAAAAGAUCCAGGGGCUUCUGUAAUUCUGGCAGAGUUAGCAAUGGAGGCUGGUCUGCCUGAUGGUGUCUUAAAUAUUGUUCAUGGAACCAAUGAUAUUGUCAAUGCAAUUUGUGAUGACGAGGAUAUAAAAGCUGUAUCAUUUGUGGGUUCUAAUACUGCUGGCAUGCACAUAUAUUCAAGAGCAUCAGCAAAAGGGAAACGUGUUCAGUCUAAUAUGGGGGCAAAAAACCAUGCAAUUGUCAUGCCUGAUGCAAGUGCUGAUGCUACUUUGAAUGCUUUAGUUGCUGCUGGCUUUGGUGCUGCAGGACAACGGUGCAUGGCACUCAGCACAGUUGUCUUUGUUGGAGGUUCAAAGUCAUGGGAGAACAAACUUGUGGAAGCUGCCAAAGCUCUGAAAGUAAGUGCUGGAACAGAACCUGAUGCUGACCUUGGUCCCGUAAUUAGCAAACAAGCAAAGGAACGGAUAUGCAAAUUAAUCCAGUCUGGUGUUGAAAGUGGUGCAAGGCUAUUGCUUGAUGGCAGAAAUAUAGCGGUUCCAGGAUAUGAGCAUGGAAAUUUCAUUGGCCCCACAAUCUUAUCAAAUGUUACAGCUGACAUGGAGUGCCACAAGGAAGAAAUUUUUGGUCCGGUUCUUCUUUGCUUGGAGGCUGACAGCUUAGAAGAGGCAAUAAGCUUUGUUAACAGAAACAAAUAUGGCAAUGGAGCUUCUAUUUUUACUACAUCUGGGGUAGCUGCAAGGAAAUUUCAGACUGAGAUAGAGGCUGGACAGGUUGGAAUCAACGUUCCUAUUCCAGUUCCCUUGCCAUUUUUCUCUUUUACCGGCAACAAGGCAUCUUUUGCAGGCGAUCUGAAUUUCUAUGGUAAGGCUGGUGUCAACUUUUUCACCCAGAUCAAAACAGUAACUCAGCAAUGGAAGAAUUUACCCGGCAGCGGUGUAGUUAAUCUCGCAAUGCCAACUUCUCAAAAGGCAUAGUUACCAUGAUUACAAACAUACAUGUCCCUUUCUGGAACUCAUCUGAACAAUACAAUAAAUCAAUGUCAAGGUCGUCUUCCAGUUAUAUUUUGUGCUUU